CAACAGAGGCAGAUCAGCAGAGCGGGCAGACAGGAGCUGGGCUGAGGCAGCAGCAUCCGCACCAGCAGCGCCGCCACAAAAAAGGAGCGCAGUGCAGGUUGAAGCUCGACUUUCCGCUCCUCUCUUCAGGGUUUCAGAUGCUCCGGUUCGGCGGCAGUAUGUGCGGCUUCUCGGCCUUGCUCUCGGUGCUGGUGGCUGGACUCGCGGCUGCGUCCUCGGAUCUGUUUGACAACCAACUGGGCGAUAUCAAUUACUGCAAAAAACAAUGCCAGCUCACCAUCAAAACCAAAAGCCCUGCGAAAGACUCUAUAAUGAAUGCCUGUCACCGUGGUUGUCGCCUCUACUCCAUCUGCCAGUUCGUCAAUGGAAAUGCUGGAUUUAAUACCAGCAAGGAGGAGUGCCAGGGAGCCUGCCAGGAGGCAUACAUGAAGCUGCUGGAGCAGGAGGCCUGCAGCACUGGUUGUGCCAGCCAACCCUCUGAACCUGAGAUCAAGAGGAGGAAGCUGAAGGCCAUGACUUUGCGCCCAAAGCCCCCCUCUGUGAUGGAAGCUGUGUCCAGCUGGUGCAAUGACAUUGUCAGCUCCGCCCAGAGCUUCAUCUCCUCCACCUGGACCUUUUACCUGCAGGCUGAUGAUGGCAAGGUUGUGGUUUUCCAGAGCCAGCCAGAGAUGGAGUACUCCAUGCCUGAGCUCCAGGCUCCUCGAUCCAAUGUGGCUGACAAACCCUGGCCUCAGGUCCACUCUCACACCCAGAGACCCCACGGUGUGAGGGGGCACGGAGAGAAGGGAGCUGCCAAAGCAGCUGGCAAAGGGAAGCACCCCGUCCAGCACACAGAGGACCCCACAGCUGAGCACGACUUCCUGGGCUGCAUGUCAAGACGUUCAGGCCUUCCACGGUGGAUUUUAGCUGCUUGCCUCUUCCUGUCCAUCAUGGUCAUGCUGUGGCUCAGCUGUGCCAGCCUCGUCACUGCACCGGAACAGCAUAUCAAGACGCAGCUGAGCAUUAAUGGAGAUAGGGAGUUUCUGGAGCAUGUCCACAAAGUCAACCCAUACCACCUGAGUCCCAUGAUUGCCGUCACCAUGAAGCAAUCAGAGGAAAUCCAGGAAGCAGGGCCGCUGCCUGUCAAAGUUGACCUCAACAAAACAUGUGUUUAGAGCGAAUAAAUAGAAGAGCUGCUGUUUUGUUUCCCUUGGUGACCAUAUAUAAGCUCUGUGGCCCAUCAGUGACACAAACGUAUCACCCACUCAGUCAGCAGGAUUUUUAAAAACUUAUUCUUAGAAGCAUGGCACCCUCUUGUCAUUUAAAAUCAUCAGACACAUCUUUUCAGUUAGCUCAACAUGUCAGGUUUCUUGUACAGUUCAGAUUUCUACGAGUACAUCCUCAGAUUAUCAGAUAUUAUGCGCUUGCUUGUUGCUUAUUGAUGAGACUGUGCCCUUGUCUCAGAGCCACAUACGAGACAAGCAGAGAGGACAGAUUACAGCUGAGAGCUGUCGUUUUUCAUGUCUGCUUCAGAAAAACAUAAAGACCCACCCUAGAUUUAAUUUUUCUUCAUUCUCACAGAGUUGGGAUUAAUUAAAGUUGCUCACGUAGAGCACAGGGAUAAAAUAAAUCAGUGAGGAGAGGAAGAUGAAUGAAAAAUGAUCAACAUACUUGACUUCAGGAAACAAAUACUGUAACUCACAAUUUAUGAUCUGUUUACAUAAUCAGCAUUACGAGCUCUUUGGUGGGAUCGCCUUCACAAAUGAUCUGACAGAAGAGUUCAAGUGAGUAAUCCUCAACAGAGCAACAAAAACUAAAUUAGUGGAUUUUAUAAUCUAAGUCUUGAGUGUGUGUUUGCAUGUAUCUGCAACUGCACAUGUUCAUCUGAGCUGAACAAACUCAAACUGGAUCUGGGCGAGCUGUUUGAGGAUAAGGAAAUCUAAAAACUUUAUUUGUUUUCUGUUGUACACAUUCUGAGUCAUCUACAUGAAUUAUCAGAUGAAUUGUGUUGCUGAAGUGCCAUAAACAGAUAAUGCAUCAUAGAAAUGUAAAUGCUCUUUGUGUAAAGUCAUUGCAAUGCAGACAGGAGAGGCGCUGGAAGAAGAUUGCACCUAUUACUGUAUUAUUAUUAUAAUUAUUGUUAUUUUUUAUUAUAUUAUGGGUCUUAUAUCACUUCAAGAGUUUGUAGCUGUUACAUGUGCUAUGUGCUUUCUAAUAGCUGACUAUUUUGUAUGUCCUAGGAGCACAUACUGAUGGAUAACCUCCGUAAUAAUGUGUAAUGCAAAGCUUUUAAUAUAGAACUUUGUUAUUGAAUGGAGUUGCACAGUCUUAGAGAAGAUUUUCUGUUUUCCUCUCAGUGCUUUUGAUGUCCUGUAAUGCUCUCUUUUAACCCAGGCUAUGUAGACAAUAAACCGUGCAUGCAAGUAAUUUUUUGAUAGUUUAUCUCAACCGCUCGCCAUGCCAGUAUGGCACAGCUCUAGUGCAGACCAGUGUUUUUUCUAUUUUUGGUUUUCAUAUUUACCAUAGGCAUUGAAUAGAAUGUAUUGAUGAAUGAUGAUAUCCUCAUUAUUUACAGCGAGGACUCUUGAUUAAAAAGCCAUCCAACCAAUUAAAAUACUGGUUCAAGCUGAAGGCAUCUCCAAAGGAAGAUGAUAUGAAUUUCCAUACUAUAUUCUGUUCUUUUUAUCUGUCUGAUUAUUUUAAAUUAAAUGAUACCUU